GGCGGGGCCGGUGGGGCCCAGAGUUGGGCGGGCGGCGGGGCCGGACAUGGCGGCGCGGGCCGGGCCGCAGGAAGAUGAAUAAGGGUUGGCUGGAGCUGGAGAGCGACCCCGGCCUCUUCACACUGCUGGUCGAAGAUUUUGGGGUCAAGGGGGUGCAGGUUGAAGAGAUUUAUGAUCUGCAAAGCAAAUGCCAAGGCCCUGUGUAUGGGUUCAUCUUCCUGUUCAAGUGGAUUGAGGAGCGCAGAUCCCGCCGGAAGGUCUCUACCCUGGUGGACGAGACGUCGGUGAUCGACGAUGACAUCGUUAAUAACAUGUUCUUUGCUCACCAGCUGAUCCCCAAUUCCUGUGCCACCCAUGCCCUGCUGAGCGUCCUCCUGAACUGCAACAAUGUUGACCUGGGCCCCACUCUGAGUCGCAUGAAAGAUUUCACCAAAGGAUUCAGCCCUGAGAGUAAAGGCUAUGCCAUCGGCAAUGCCCCCGAGCUGGCCAAGGCCCACAACAGCCACGCCAGGCCGGAGCCACGGCACUUGCCAGAGAAACAGAAUGGGAUCAGUGCUGUACGAACCAUGGAGGCUUUCCAUUUUGUCAGCUAUGUCCCUAUCAAGGGACGGCUGUUCGAGCUGGAUGGGCUGAAGGUCUAUCCCAUUGACCAUGCAGGCAGAGGCAAGGUAUACAAGCCACGUGUUGGCUGUGCGUUGCUGACAGCGUGGUCCUUCUGGCCCUGGCCUCCUUCUUGUGCGUGUCUCCUGGGAUGGCCCUGGGCUGACGACGAGGAAUGGACAGACAAAGCCAGGAGAGUGAUCAUGGAGCGCAUCGGCCUGGCUACCGCAGGGGAACCGUACCACGACAUCCGUUUCAACCUGAUGGCAGUGGUUCCUGAUCGGAGGAUGAAAUAUGAGUCCAAGCUCCAUAUCCUGAAGAUGAACCGCCAGACGGUGCUGGAAGCCCUGCAGCAGCUUAUCCGAGUCACUCAGCCUGAGCUGAUCCAGUCCCAGAAGUCUCAGGAAUCUCAGUCUCCUGAAGAGGCGAAGCCAGCCAACAGCAAGACUGUGGCCCCAGAGAGUACCCAUCCAGACGGCGCUGAUGAGCCUGCCAGCCAGGGCCACACCACAGCCACGCAGAGCCCACCCACCAAAUCAAAACCAGUGGCAAAGGCAUCAGCGAGCAGCAUCAAUGGGGUGCCUCCAGCAAACCCCAACCCCAUCGUGCAGAGGCUGCCAGCCUUCCUGGAUAAUCACAACUACGCCAAGUCCCCCAUGCAGGAGGAGGAAGACCUUGCAGCAGGAGUGGGUCGCAGCCGGGUCCCGGUCCGACAGCACCAGCAGUACUCAGAUGAUGAGGAUGACUAUGAUGAUGAUGAGGAGGAGGAAGUUCGUAACACCAACUCAGCCAUCAGGUACAAAAGGAAGGGGCAGGUAAAGCAAGAGCACGCAGCGGGGGCCGCGGAUGGCCAGCUCUCCGUCCUCCAGCCCAACACCAUCAACGUCCUGGCUGAGAAGCUGAAGGAGUCCCAGAAGGAUCUCUCCAUUCCCCUGUCCAUCAAGACGACUGGCGGCGGAGCUGCUGUGGCCAUUGUCACUCACUCCCAGCCCUCUCCCACCCCCAGCAACGAGAGCACGGACACCGCCUCCGAGAUCGGCAGCGCCUUCAACUCCCCACUGCGCUCUCCCAUCCGCUCGGCCAACCCCACCCGUCCCUCCAGCCCCGUCACAUCCCACAUCUCCAAGGUGCUGUUUGGUGAGGAGGACGGCCUCCUGCGCAUUGACUGCCUGCGCUACAACCGGGCCGUCAGGGACCUGGGGCCCAUCAUCAGCUCUGGGCUGCUGCACCUCACAGAGGACGGCGUGUUCUGCCCGCUGGCUGCUGCAGAUGGGGGGAAAAGCUCCCCCCCUUCCAUCAAACCCGGUGAAGAAGCCCAGGUCACCAUCAAACUGGACGAGAAGGAGGGCAGUGAGGCCAGUGGCAGCAAAGAGAAGGUGGGACUUGGCAGGACCAGUGAUCACCCUGGGGGGGAAAAGUAUUCUCCCAAGGAGCUGCUGGCAUUGCUGAAGUGUGUGGAGGCGGAGAUUGCAAACUACGAGGCUUGCUUGAAGGAGGAGGUAGAGAAGAGGAAGAAAUUCAAGAUCGACGACCAGAGGAGAACCCACAACUACGACGAGUUCAUCUGUACCUUCAUCUCCAUGCUGGCCCAGGAAGGCAUGCUGGCGAGCCUCGUGGAGCAGAACAUCUCCGUCCGCAGGCGCCAGGGGGUCAGCAUUGGCCGUCUGCACAAGCAGAGGAAGCCGGACCGGCGGAAACGCUCCCGUCCAUACAAAGCCAAGCGGCAGUAGCCUCGGGGUUGAGACUGAGAGGAGCUCGCCCUCGUGGCUCUGGGCAGCGGCACCUGGAUAGAUGUUACCCUUUGCCUGAGGAAGAGGGACCCCAGCGAGAAGCCUUUGGCUGAGGUGGAGCCUGGGGACAAGCAGAAAUUGGGUUUUCCUCUGAGCCCAAAAGGCAGCGAGCCUUGUCUUGAGGAGAGCCCUGCAGCCAAAGGCGAGGCUGAGUGCCCUGCUGCCUGUCCGGCUGUGGCUGUGCCCAGGUGCCUUGGGCCUGUCUUGGGGCCGUGGCUGGUGAUAGGAGGAGGGGAAGAACCUGCCUGGCCGAGGGGCUGGGCACCGUGGGGGCACUGGGGCUGCUGGUGCAAGGCUGUGCUGGCUGCAGCUGCCUGGGGCUGGUGCUCUGCUGCGUCCUUCAGCUCUGUGCUUCCCCGGGACCUUCACAGCUGUGUUUUCUGUUCCUUUAUCUUCCUUGACAAAAUUGAUUUUCUGGUUCUGACCCGCUUGUUGGCUGUGGCUGAGCGAAGCAGCUCCUGGACAGAACCGCUCUCCAGCACCGUGGCCCUUUGUGCCCCCACCUGUGUGCUGAUCCCCCGGGGUGGCAGUGCCAUCUGUCCCCAGGGCCAGACUCCCCCCAGGACCUUGUCCCUAGUCUCCUGCGGUGGCGCUGGGAGGGCACGUGGCCCUGCUUCUACAACUGCUCUCCUGAGGACCAGCAGUGUGGCCCUGGCGGUGCUUUUGGGUCACACACAAUUGCUCCUUGUUCCCUGAGAACUCUGAGAAUAAACACAAGGUUGGUGGCUUGGCCUUGGUGCUGGGAGGCUGGAAGCUGGACCUGGAAUUGCCUGGUGCCCUGAGUGAAGCCUUUCAGCCUGGGAAGAGGUGACAGGAACUUCAGUGGCAGGCAGAAACAGGAGGGAGCCCAGGGCUGCUUUUCUUGCCCAAGCAGGCUGCAGAGCAGGAGCUUGCUGGCCAUGCGGACCCCAUUCCUACCCCCCAGCCCGCUCAGUGUUCCUGCAGAAGGUUUCUGCCCUGUCCCCAGCAGCCAGAGGUCAGUGCCUGUCUCCUGUGCUGAUGGGGGAAGAAGUAGCUGUGAUGGGGACAAGAGGAACAGCUGCAGGAGGAGACUGACUUUGCCAAACGUGCAAAUUUGUACAGAUCUUCACCGUGGAAUUUUUGUUUUUGGUCUUUUUUUUUGUUUGUUUUUGUACUUGUUGAAGGAAAGAAAAUCCUUCUGUCUCUUGCUGUGUCUCAUAACAAGUGCUGUAUGUAAUGGAUCUGUCUGAAGGAAUAAAGCUCUCCUGUAAUAGCCA